GUGGAUAAGAUGAUGUUGUGACAUUGUUUUUAUUAUACCAUGUAGAGAUUAUUGGCCAACGAAAGCCUGAAUUACUGCUUGAAAAUGGAAAUAUUUUGCUUUCUUAUUCUACUAAUGAUUUUGAAAAGCUCAAGUGCAAACUCAGAUAUGACUACAGGAAUCCCAAUAAUUGAAAAUCCAGAAGCAGCGGAAAGAAUACAUGUCUUUUCUGUGGAUUACAGCCAGGUUCAAAUCCCCUACGAAAUCACCCUAUGGAUCAUUCUCGCUUCCUACGCUAAAAUUGGAUUUCAUCUGUACCACAAAUUGCCAGCAAUAAUGCCAGAGAGCUGCAUUCUGAUAGCUAUUGGUGUACUAAUGGGAGGAAUCAUUUUUGGGACAGAUCACAAAGCGCCACCUGCUAUGAGAACUGAUAUUUAUUUCCUUUAUCUGCUGCCUCCAAUUGUGCUGGAAGGGGGAUACUUUCUACCUACUCGUCCUUUUUUUGAAAACAUCGGAACCAUUAUUUGGUGGUCUGUGAUGGGGACACUUAUUAAUGCCUUUGGCAUUGGCCUCUCUCUAUAUGCCAUCUGUCAGAUUGAAGCCUUCAGUUUGACUGAUAUUAAUCUGUUACAAAACUUGCUCUUUGGAAGCCUGAUAUCAGCAGUGGAUCCGGUGGCUGUUCUUGCUGUAUUUGAGGAGAUAUCUGUAAAUGAACAGCUAUAUAUGAUGAUUUUCGGAGAAUCCUUGUUGAAUGAUGGAAUAACAGUGGUGUUAUAUAAUAUUUUUAUCUCAUUCAUACAAAUGCACACCUAUGAAAGCAUUGAACCGGUAGACAUUCUAGCAGGCAUCGGGCGUUUUUUUAUGGUUGGAAUUGGUGGUGUACUUAUUGGGAUCAUAUUUGGAUUCCUCUCUGCUUUUAUCACCCGAUUCACCAAGAACAUUACCUCUAUUGAACCCCUUCUUGUUUUCAUGUUCAGCUAUCUGUCAUACCUAUCUGCUGAGGCCUUUUACCUCUCUGGAAUCUUGGCUAUGACAGCUUGUGCAAUGACCAUGAAGAAUUAUGUGGAAGAAAACAUCUCCAAGAAUUCAAGUACAACUAUAAAAUACUUUAUGAAGAUGUUGAGCAGCGUGAGCGAGACUCUUAUAUUUGUCUUCAUGGGUGUCUCCACAGUUGGAAAAAACCAUGAAUGGAACUGGGCUUUUGUCAGCUUCACGUUACUCUUUUGUCUGAUAUGGCGAGCUCUAAGUGUUUUCCUUCUUUUUUCGAUAAUAAAUCGUUUCCGGACAUACCCGUUCACUUUUAAAGACCAACUGAUCAUUGCAUACAGUGGUUUACGGGGAGCCAGUAGCUUCUCACUAGUAUUCUUGUUGCCUAUUCUUCUAUUUCCAAGGAAGAAAAUGUUCAUCACUUCAACAAUUGUAGUUAUAUACUUCACAGUAUUCAUUCAGGGACUUACUAUUGGACCUCUGGUAAGAUAUCUGAAUGUGAAAAGGAUAUCGAGAGAGCAAACGGUCAAUCAAGAAAUUCAUACUCGGUUAAUGGAUCACCUGAAGACAGGAAUAGAAGACAUAUGUGGCCACUGGGGACACUAUCAGAUGAGGCAAAAAUUGAAGAAACUUGACGACAAAUUUCUUCGGAAAGCUCUUAUACGUGAACACCAGCCUAAGUCAAGUAUUGUCUCUUUGCAUAAAAAGCUUGAGGUUAAACAAGCCAUUCAGAUGACCAUGUUUGGAAUGGGCAGAGAUAUGUCCUCAUCCUCUCUACUAAAAAGAAAAGCUCCAAACACAUUUUCCACCAAUGAUGUAGUUCACAUGAAAAACAUAUUAACAGACAGUCUCUAUCAAGUACGACGAAGGACAUCUUCAUACGUUAAGUAUAAUUUACCAAAGGAAGAUAAUGAGAGACAAAACAGAGAAAUCCUCACUCGCCGCUACUCAAGUAUGAAGAAAGGAAAUAGUCUGCCAUGGGGAGGACAGGCAAAUGUCCGGAAUGUACGCUAUUUAUCCCUGCCCCAUGACCGUUAUAAAGCAGGAGAAGACUAUAACCUGCAAUCUUUGCAAGGUCAAGAUAAUGAUUAUGAUUCUGUAUUUCUGGAGACAACUGGCAUCUUAACUAGGCAGGGUACCAAUUUAACACCAUCAGCAACACGAAAUCUAAAAGGAAAUGAAGGAAUUAGAGGAAAUAGGGCUGGCGCUAGAACAGGAACUUGGCCAACCAAGAAGAGUGAGCCCCAGAAACAGCUCACUGCAAGACUAAAAUAUCAGCCAACUGAAAAGAAGCCAUAUUUUGAUAUAGUUCUUGAGGAAGAUGAUGACCAUGUGGAUAGUAAUAAGGAUGACGUCCUGUAG